AUGGCGGGGUCGGACUCCGAUUCCGGCUCGACGGACUCCUGGUCGUCCUCACGACGACGUCACCGCCAAAGCACACUGCCCGUUCGCGACAAGGGCAAACAACCAGAGAGUGCCGCGAAGCGGAAACGGGCACCCACAAACGGAGCCUCACAUCCCCCGUCAAGGCGUCGAACACAGGAGCCAGAGGACUCUGGUGAAGAGCCCGAGCAGCAUGGCGACGAUUACGACCCCGAUCAGCCACUCGAGGAGCGACGCCACGUACAGAAGGGUCUGAGAGAUCUUCUAAAAGACCUCAACGAUAACGGCGAUACUUUUCUCCAGCCAGACUCGACAGGCCUGUUGGAAACGCUCAAGAGGGCAAACGAGCUCUCUGCGGGCAUCAAACAAACGACAGAGGCGGCCAUCGAUGCGAGACUUCUUGUGAGCACUGUGGAUGCAUCAUACCGCAAGACCGUCCGCCUUACCUCGGGAAAUGUGGCCCAAGGUCUCGAUGUCGACGAGUUCGUAUCAAAAUGUAUAGCAUAUAUGCGCCUCGGCGCCGGAAUCGAGCAAGAUGACGCUCCCGGCCUCACAUCGACACAGCAGCAAAGACGACGGCCUGGCACUCGGAGACAUGGUGAUGGUGAUGAUGACGACGAUGACGAGAUUGGUGAUGAAGGCGACGCCUUAAACUGGGAGCAUCUAGGCCGCUUUGCAUGCGUGCCGCAUAUCCGACGACCUGCCGUGCCUGGCUUCCUCCUGGGGCCUCUCUCCGUGGAGAAGAAGGUGCGCAAGGUGGUGAAGCGCAGCGCCCCCUUCAAGGCCAGCAACCUCCGGGAGACCAGACCCGAAGUCCUCAAUGUGGAAGAUGUUCAACGAUCAGAGAAGAAUGAUCUCACGGCGAUAUGUUCAAAAAUUCUUCAACGGUUGAGGGAGCAUCAGACCGAGGCGCAGGAAGCAGUUGGCGACGCCGUCGAGAAUGACGGCAUCUCUGACGAGGAGGCGCAGAAGAUGAUGGAGAAAUGGGGUCUUAGGGAUACUGGCGGGAUUGACCUGCUGAAGUUUGUGGUGAACCCACGAUCCUUUGGUCAAACCGUGGAGAACAUGUUUUAUGUCAGCUUCCUCAUUCGCGACGGCCAGGUCCGCAUCGACUUUGACAGCAAUGAGUUCCCGACUUUGUUGCCGGUAGAGAAGGAUGAGGAGCAGAGCGUUGGCACGAAACACGGUGCGCAGAGGCAGCAAGCUGUUCUCACAAUCGACAUGAAGAUGUGGCGUGAUAUCAUUGAGGCAUUCGACAUCAAAGAGUCCCUUAUCCCUCACCGAAAAGAAGAAAGCCACCAGGGGCCAGGGGCGCGCGGCUGGUAUAGCUAG